GCAAAAGAAUUAUUUACUACUUCUUUGGGUUUUACGACCGAUAUCAUUCAUAAAGAGAUGUAUAUCUUUGCGGAUAGAAAAGGCCGCCAAUUGGCCUUACGACCAGAAGGGACAGCCAGCGUGGUCCGUCUGGUUUGUCAAAACAAGUUAAUCAAAGAAAGUUACCCGUUGAAAUUAUACUACUGGGCUAACAUGUUUCGCUAUGAGCGUCCACAACAGGGGAGAUACCGGGAAUUUUGGCAAUUGGGCGUGGAAUUAAUUAAUGCCGAAGGGAUUAUUGCUGAUUAUCAAGCAUUAAAGUUAACUGCCGACAUUUUUCGUGGUUUAGGAAUUAAGGGUUUUGGUUUUAAAUUGAAUUAUUUAGGCAACAAUGAGACCAAAGAAAGAUACAAAAAAAAAUUAAAAGACUUUAUUAAAAAGACUGUUCCUAAUUUGUGUGCUGAUUGUCAAAGGAGGAACGAAACUAAUCCAUUACGGAUACUAGAUUGCUCGCUUUGUAAAAAUAAAUAUCAAUACCCUUCUUAUAAGGAUGCUUGGAGUGAAAAAGAUAACAAUUAUAUAAAUGAACUUAAUGGCAUUUUAGACAAAUUUAAUUUGCCUUAUCAAUAUGACUAUCAUUUGGUGCGGGGUUUAGAUUAUUAUACAGGAUUAAUUUUUGAGAUUGAUUUAGGAACCGAGAAAGCCAUUUUAGGUGGGGGCCGUUACGAUAAUCUUUACCAAGAAAUAGGCGGUGUGGAUGUGCCUGCUCUUGGUUUUGCUAUUGGGAUUGAACGAUUGGCGGAAUAUUUGGAGGAGAAAAAAAUACUGAAAACUGAACAAGCAGUAGAUAUUUUUUUCUUGGCAAUGACAACUGAGGCUUAUCCGGAUAUCCUAUUUUGA